CUUCAGAUUCCGUCACGCGUGCACACACGACGCGAGCCGGUCGGCGACGGAGACGGCACAGCCCAAGUCGAAGCUAGCGGGCGCGGCAGCUUCGUCGUCGUCGGCGGCGGCGGGAGGAUGGGGCUCGGGGGCCGGGGCGUUGUGGGCGAGAGGUGGUCGCAGCGCAUCCUCUGGAUGUGCGCCCUCGGCAGCGCCGUGAGCCUCUACUUCGUGGCGGUGGAGAGGCAGGCGCAGAACCGCGCGCGGGCGGUCGCGGAGGGCCUCAAGGCCCUCGACGGCGGCGGCGGCGCCGGGGAGGACGUGUGAGUCGCUGCUUCGAGGUGAACGCUACCGUGGAGAUGGCCUCUUUUUGAUAGAUCAUGAAACGCCUAUUUGCUGUUCUGCUUCUUUUUCUUCACAGAAUCGUUGCAAUAAUGUACCAAGUGUGCCUAAUGGUUACCGCUUGCAACUGCGGCAGCAUAGUUUUUGUGCACAAUCUUUGUAGAAACAAAUGUUGAUUUAUGUGAGUGUGUGUCUGUUUCACACGA